GCUAAAAUCCCUGCACUCAAUCGGGACAAAGGCCUCUCCCAAACCGGUCGUCGCCCGCGCCGGUAACCGGUACUGCUUCCGUCGACUUCUCGAGAGCCAAUACGAAAUCUGUCAGUUCGCAGUUGCACUCCGGUCAGCUCGGUGUCUUAUUGAUAAAAAUAACAUUCGCUUUUUACCGUCUUGCAGCACGAGUUCCCCGCCCGCCCAGCCGUGACAACAUCGUUACCGCCACUCGUUUUUAACGGACAAACGGGACCCGUUCCCUUGAUGAGUUUGUCUCGUGCCGGACGGAAAAUUUUACAGUGACGAAAAUCGCCAUCAAACGUGUAAUCGUUUUCCGAGUUGUUUAAAUUGUGUUCCUUUUUUAUUUUUUUAAUCUUUUUUGGCGGCAAAUCCAUCGCGUCACCGUCCAGGAGUUUAAAGAAAAUCAAGACAGUGCUGAUAGUGGAUUUGAUUAAAUAAAUCAAAAUGGAGACACCACCAUUUAAUCCAGAGCCAACUCGGAUGAUGACCAGAAGUGUUUUAGCUGAGAUACCAACCCGACUUGGACGAUUAUCUAUGACAGACCCCAAUAAUGGUUUAGGCCGAAAUGACCACCACCUCAAUAUAAUGAAUACAACUAUAAGUAACUUCCCAACAUCAAUGAUGACACCAUCUCCUAGUCCUGAUGAAUUAAUCAUCCAACAAAGGGGACGUCGUAAAAUACCAGUUACUUUUAGCCCUGACAUUGAUGCUAUCAAACAGAAUAAUCAAGAAACUCCAACAAAGUCUGGUUGUUCUAAUUUCAUUAAGAGUUCAAUUGUUCUAAGAAGUACUCCUCGUAAAAGAUUACUGUUAAAUGAUCCACUGGAAUUAUCAUCUCCAGACAAAUACAAAAUUGGCUCUCCUAGUUGUAAAAAAUUACGUACUGAUGCAGCAGUUGAACUUCCAGAAGAUAAUUGUCUGUUAUCUGCUUUAAAAUCAUUGUCUCCAGAUCAGCUGAUUGGUAUAAUCGGACAAAUUGUCAUUGAUCAUCCAAAUAUUGAAAAGGAAAUAAGAUCACACUUCCCUGUGGCGGACUUAAAACCCCUUGAAGAGCGCAUUUAUUAUUUACGACGUAAUAUCUACAAGGCUUUACCAAGUAGCCGAUUAAUUUCAAAAACUGAUCCAACUGCCUAUAAUAGAGUCUCAACCCAUAUUUUAGCAUUCAAGAAAUGUGUUGUUGAUCAGGGUAGACGCUUGGUUGAAAGCAAUCAGUGGCCAAUCGUCAUGGACUAUGUAUUUAUGGCAUGGAAGCAUGUUCGUAAUACUCCUAUAUGGGACAAUCCUGCUCAUAAUGCUGCACGUAGACAGUGUUUUAAAUCCCUAUCAGCUCAAUGUAUGACUGCCCUCAAACAUAUGAAGGAAACUAUGAACCAGCAAAGUUGUGACAAUUAUAAAAACCAAUUGAAGCUAUUAGUUGAUGACAGCGAAGAUAUGGAAUGGUGUUUACAUUUCCUGAAUAUUCAUGAGUGACCGCAUUGGUUUGGUUUUCUCUAUUAUUUUUUCUAUUUUUCCAUCUAUCAGCAAAGACAUCAUUUGUAAUUGAUGGUUAAUAUUUUGACUGUAGGAAAUUAUUUAGCUACACAUACUAUGUAACAUUGUGUUAAUUUAAAAUAUUAGUAAAUUUAUUUUAAUUGUAUACAAAAAUUAAAUGUUUUGAACUUAUAUGUGAAUAAUAUGGUGUUUUGUGUUUUAUUUCUGAAUGCCCUGUAAUUGUAAUAAUUUUGUAAACAUAACCCACCCACGACUAUUUUAUUUCUACACAAAUUGUUAAAUUUGCACCAUCACCAUCAAAUGACUGUAUUUUUAUUAUUCAUUUUUGGGUUUAUUUGUUUUUUUUAUUAUUAUUUAUUUCAUGCACCAUUGUCAUUUUUUUCUAUUGAAAUGUAUUAUUUAUUACAAUUGUCAAUUAUUAUGUUCAUAAAACUGGACCAGUAAUUUAGUUAAUUAUUUUACAGAAUAUUAUUAGCAACAGUCUUGUAUUGUAGUAAAUUAUUUUUUUUUUCUUAACAAGUCAUUAAAAUAAAAUAAAAUUUUGCAUAUUGAUUAUACAUAGUAUACUGGAAAUAAUGUAUUAUUAGAUUCCGUAAAUUUGUUCAACUUAAUACUGUAGAUUUAAGCAGUGUUGUUCAACUGUGCAAUGCGUAUAAUUCAAAUCCUUAAUAGACUGUAUAGCUAGUUUUAAUAAAAUAAAUUAAGUAAAUAUACUUAGACUUUAAGAAGAAAAAUGUUCCAUGUACAAUUUAAUAUUUGAUAUAUGAAUAACUAUUUAUGUAAGUUUGAGUUAUGUGUAACAUUUGUUGUAUUUGUAGACAAAUGUAUAAUUAUUAUUUAUAGAAAUGUAUUUAAACUCAUGUAAUUCCAAUUAAAUGAAUAAAUGCUAAUUAAUUAUACUAUA